AUGAGGAAGCAGUGUGCUCUCCUUAGUUCCUUAUUGCUUCUGAAGUUUUCUCUCGUCUUGUGCAGUUUGACAGAAACCAGCUGCUUUUGGAGAAUCAAGCACAAUGAAGAUGAUGAUGGAGAUAUGUGGACUGACUGUGACUUUAUGCUUUUCACAUUACAGGGACCUAUAGAGGAAGAUUUUUAUAACAUUCUCAUUGAUUUUAGAAUACCAACAUGGAAGUACGAGUUUAUUUUUAUCCUGCUUUUUGCUACUGAUGAGAUUAACAAGAACCCCUACCUUUUACCCAACAUGUCUUUGAUAUUUUCCUUCCCUGUUGGCAUGUGCUUUGAUACAUUGAAAAUAAUUGAUGAACUAAGUUUACCACAAAACAAUUAUCAAAGAUUUCUUAAUUAUUUAUGUGGAUUGUCUGGAUGUAAUAUAGGACUUACAGGACCGUCAUGGACUAUAUCUUUAAAACUGGCAAUCUUCUCCAGUUCUCCAAAGAUUUUCUUUGGACCAUUUCAUCCUAUCCUGAGUGACAAUGUCCAGUUUCCCCAUGUCUACCCAAUAGCACACAAGGAUACAUGUUUAGCCCAUGCCAUGGUCUCUUUAAUGGUUUAUUUUACAUGGACCUGGAUAGGGUUACUCAUUUUGGAUAAUGACCAGGGAACUCAGUUCCUCUCAGAUUUAAGAGAAGAGAUGCAUAGUAAUGGAGUCUGUUUAGCUUUUGUGAAUAUGAUCCCUGAAAGCAUGAAGAUAUAUAUGAUCAGGGCUAUAAUAUAUGAUACUCACAUCAUAACAUCGUCAGCUAAGGUUGUUAUCAUUUAUGGUGAAAUGAACUCUACCCUAGAAGUAAGCUUCAGAAAAUGGGUAUAUCUAGGUGUACAGAGAAUAUGGGUCACCACCUCACAAUGGGAUGUCAUCACAAGUAAAAGAGAUUUCAGUCUUGGUGCCUUCCAUGGGACUGUCACUUUUGCACACCAUCAUGUUGAGAUUUCUAAAUUUAGAAACUUUGUGGAAACAAUGAACACUUCCAAAUACCCAGUAGAUAUCUCUCAAAUGAGGCAGAAGUGGAAUUAUUUUAAUUGUUCAGUUUCCAAUACCAACUAUAGCUCAAUGAGUCAUUAUUCUUUCAACACAUCAACAUUGGAAUGGUUAUCCCAGCAUAAUUUUGACAUGGUCCUAAGUGAAGAAGGUUACAAUUUAUAUAAUGCUGUGUAUGCUGCGGCCCACACUUACCAUGAAGCCAUCCUUCAACAAGCAGAGUCUCAGGAAAGAGAAGAUCCCAUAGGAGUGUUCAGUGAUUGUCAGAAGAUUGCUUCAUUACUGAAGAAGAGGGUAUUUACUAAUCCUGUUGGAGAACUGGUGAACAUGAAUCUAAGAAAAAAUCUAUGUGCAAAAUAUGACAUUUUCAACAUUUGGAAUUUCCCACAAGGCUUUGGUCUAAAGGUGAAAAUAGGAGGUUACUCCCCUAAUUUCCCAUUGAGUCAACAACUGCACAUAUCUGAAGAUUUGAAGUGGGCUAUGGGAGAAACAUUGCCAAGAGUGCCCACCUCUACUUGCAGUGUGAUCUGUGUCCCUGGAUUCAGGAGAUUUCAUCAGGAACAGACACCAGACUGCUGUUUUGAAUGUGUUCAGUGCCCAGAGAAUGAGGUUUCCAAUAAGACAGAUCUGGAACAGUGUGUGAGCUGUCUAUAUGAUGAAUACGCCAACACAGAGCACACACACUGCCUGAAAAGGCAUUUCUCCUAUCUGUCCUAUGAAGACCCACUUGGAAUGGCUCUUGCUUGUAUGUCCCUGUGUUUCUCUGUAUUCACAAGUUUUAUAUUUGGUGCUUUUGUAAAAUACAAUGACACUCCAAUUGUGAAGGCCAACAAUCGCAACCUCAGUUACAUCCUACUGAUCUCCAUCACACUCUGUUUCCUCUGCUCAUUGCUUUUCAUUGGGCAUCCUAACAUGGGUACUUGCAUCCUGCAGCAGACCACAUUUGGCGUCUUUUUCACAGUGGCUUUAUCUACUGUCUUGGCCAAGACAAUUACUGUGGUUCUGGCUUUCAAGAUCACUACUCCAACAAGAAGAAUGAGAUUGAUGUUGAUAUCACGGGCACCUAACAUUGUCAUUCCUCUCUGUACCCUGAUCCAACUUGUUCUCUGUGGAAUCUGGCUAGCAAUAUCACCUCCUUUCAUUGAUACAGAUAUACAAUCUGAACAUGGGAUGAUCAUAAUUGUGUGCAACAAGGGCUCUAUCACUGCAUUCCACUUUGUCCUGGGAUACAUGGGAUCCUUGGCUCUGGGCAGCUUCACUGUGGCUUUCUUGGCCAGGAAUCUGCCUGACAGAUUCAAUGAAGCCAAAUUCCUAACCUUUAGCAUGCUGGUCUUCUGCAGUGUGUGGGCCACCUUCCUUCCUGUCUACCACAGCACCAAAGGGAGAAACAUGGUGGCUGUGGAGGUCUUCUCCAUUUUGGCUUCCAGUGUAGGGCUUUUAGUCUGCAUCUUUGUUCCAAAGUGUUAUGUUAUUUUGGUAAGGCCAGAUUCAUACUCUCUUCAAAAUUUCAGGGAUAAAUUAUUUCAUUAA